AUGGUGGCCAGCUGCUCAACCUGCCAGGCUCAUCGUCAUCGCAAUCCAGCCCCGCCACUCCGUCCGGUGCCUCUGCCGGCUCAUGCGUUCCAGUGGGUGUCGGCUGAUAUUUUUCUUCAUGAUGGAGUUAACUACAUCCUGGUGGUCGACGCCUAUAGUAAGUGGCCAGCUUGCGUUCCGCUGCGCACGUUGUCGUCUUCGUCCGUCAUCGCCGAGAUGGAGAGAAUUUUUAGCGACUUCGGCGUUCCAGAAAUGGUGUUGUCGGACAACGGCUCCCAGUUCGAUUGCGCCGAGUUUCGGGCAUUUUGUGAAGGCCGUGCCAUUCGGUCCGUUACGUCCAGCCCAAUGUACGCACAGUCUGGUUGGGGCUGGUGGAACGCCACAUCCAAACAGUGA